UUGCCUUAUAUAGAGGAAAGUUGUGGCUCCAGUAAAGUCUCUCACAUUCCCUCUCUCCUCCCUCUUUCUCUCUUAGCCUCUUGCGUAGAAGGACGCAGUAGCUGGUACAGCAGCCUCUGCUCUACUCGUCAUUUACUAUAGUUAUCUCUCUAUUUAGGCUUUUUAGCCUACUCUAACUUCCUCUGCAUCGUUGAGCUGCUCAGACCACAAUGAACGGGCCAGUGGACGGAUUGUAUGAUGCUGAGCACUAUGGGUCAUUCAUGUUUACCUCUGAGUCUGUGGGAGAAGGACACCCAGAUAAGAUAUGUGACCAGAUCAGUGACGCUGUGUUGGAUGCUCACCUGAAGCAGGAUCCAGAUGCCAAGGUGGCCUGUGAGACUGUGUGUAAGACUGGCAUGGUGCUACUCUGCGGGGAGAUUACAUCUCGGGCCAACGUGGACUACCAGACAAUUGUGAGGGAUACCAUCAGGCAAAUCGGCUAUGACAACUCAGAUAAAGGUUUUGACUAUAAGACCUGUAACGUGCUGGUGGCUCUGGAGCAGCAGUCCCCUGACAUCGCCCAGGGAGUUCACAUUGACCGGAUGGAGAAUGACAUUGGAGCAGGAGACCAGGGUCUGAUGUUUGGCUAUGCCACUGAUGAGACCGAGGAGUGCAUGCCUCUCACCAUCGUCCUCGCCCACAAACUCAAUGCCAAGAUGGCUGAAUUGAGGCGGAACGGCACUGUCCCCUGGCUCCGCCCUGACUCCAAGACACAGGUGACAGUUCACUACACCCAGGAGAACGGGGCGGUGAUCCCUCGUAGAGUUCACACAGUGGUCGUCUCGGUGCAGCACGACGACUACGUGAGCCUGGAAGAGCAGAAGGAGAUACUGAAGGAGAAGGUCAUCAAGGCCGUUGUGCCGGCCAGGUACCUGGACGACAACACCGUCUAUCACCUGCAGCCCAGCGGACGCUUUGUGAUUGGCGGGCCCCAGGGUGAUGCUGGGGUAACCGGUAGGAAGAUCAUUGUGGACACAUAUGGUGGCUGGGGUGCCCACGGUGGCGGGGCCUUCUCUGGUAAGGACUACACCAAGGUGGACCGGUCUGCCGCCUACGCCGCACGCUGGGUCGCCAAGUCCCUGGUCAAGUCCAAUCUGUGCAGGAGGGUGCUGGUGCAGGUGUCCUAUGCCAUUGGAGUGGCAGCACCAUUGUCUAUUUCCCUGUUCACCUAUGGGUCCUCCCAGAAGAGUGAGAAGGAGCUGCUGCAUAUCGUCAACAAGAACUUUGACCUCCGGCCUGGGGUCAUUGUCAGAGACCUGGACCUGAAAAGGCCCAUCUAUCAGAAGACGGCCUGCUACGGCCACUUUGGCAGGAAGGAGUUUCCCUGGGAGGUGGCCAAGAACCUCAACUUCUAGUGUGUGGCGCGGCAGGCAACGGGCAGCGGUGACAUGGGCAGCUGUCUAUGUUGACCAGUACGCGACAGCCAUGCUGGCAGCUGUUAGGGGUACAGGGGAGGGUGGGAAAGGUUGGAGUAGGGGGGAGUGUACUCUCUCUCGCUCUCUCUUUGGCUGAAAACUGAAAAGCCAAACAUCUCGGUCAUAUGAUGAGGGGUGGGGAAGGGGUGAUGGCUAUGACCUCGAUGGUCAUCAGAUAUGUGAGAUGGCUGUAUGGUAUUUUCAAAGUAUUUUUAACAUAUACUACAUACCCCCAUACAUGUGGCUUGUCUCACAAACACAACUUCCUUUUUGGUGCAGUUUUCAUUUUUGUUUGUUUUCAGUAAUGCCUAAAACAUUAAGCUGGAUAAAAAAGAAAUUGGGUUAACUCCACUUUAGGCCUGUUGUAACCGCUAAAACCGCCUGUCGUUAUUAAGCAAAUGACCAAAUCUAAAGGUAGAUUAGCCAUACUUUACGUAGUAGUUACAUAUUCUUUCAGGCCCAAAUGCAGCCAUUUUUUAAACCUCAAUAUCAAAAAAAUGUGGGAAACAAUUAAACACCUUACUAUAGUAGUUAAAAUUAAAAUGGUCAAAUAGCUUUUUUUUUAUACAAAAAACAGUGGUCUGAGUGAGGGACCUAAUUGGAGGGGCCUAAUGGGAAGGAUAUGUAUCCUGAAAAAUAACUGUUAUUGGCAGAGAGGUUUGGAACUCACUUUGUUAUUGGUCUAUUAACUUAUUCCGCCUGGUGAUGUCACCAGGCAAGCCAAAACUCCACCCAUACAAAACCUGCUUAUUACACGGUCCUGUGUAAACUGUGUUUUCAACAAUAUGUCCAAUAUGAUACAAAACACAGGAAAAACUAUUUUGACUGCACUGGGUCUUUUAAUACUAAUUUAUACCAUCAAAGAACAUCUGUUAACUGCACUGUAUUUGACAUGCUGUGAUUGACAUGUGAAGUGGUGUUCAUUCUUAAUUCCCUUUAUCCAAACUUUUUCUAACAAAAUUCAAGGAAGGGUUUUCAAGUAACGUUGAUCAAUUAGAGGUUCACUAGUAUAGUUGAGUGCUUUGUGAAACUUCAUUCAAAUCAAGGCACAAAUACACAAACUCUCUUUGAAAGAUACACGACUUCUACAUGCUUUUAUGUUAGAAAGCUUUUAUUGUAGAGAUAUUACCAGAGGCAGGGCUAGCUUUUUCUGAGCGUGAAGGGUUUAGAGUAAAAUGGUAUGUAGCCACAUUUUGGUUCAAUGUAGAAAAAACGACUGAGAAUGUGUCAGUGCUGUUACCUUGUCCCGCUUGCCUCGUCAUCUACAUAACCAUCUCUCUUGCAUUACUGUAACUGUUCUGAAACCAGAUCAACUCAGAUCCUUCAUAUACAGUUUGUCAAUAGAUAACAGGAAAAUGUAAAUAGGGUUUUGAACAAUAAAACAUGAAAUGUA